AGAGAAACGGUUGUCAGUGACUAAAGAGGUCAUUGCACCUCGUUGUGCGAUUGUUUACAUUUUCGUGCUCGAUCCAAUGUUAAUAUAUAUUGUGCCAAGGCACCACUGUUACUUUUAAAACGGCGAAAUUUGGAAGCUUUAGUUAUGUUGCCGUGAAGUCAUAAUGGUGACUCGAACUAGUAGGUACACAAUUUUAGGUUAGCUCUGUUUGGUUUGUCCUAGUGGGUGUUUAUACAGCCACUCGAUCGAUCAACGGACGGCGAUCUGUGGGGUCAACGUAUUUGGAAAUGAAAUUCACGGAGCAUCUUUCAGCUCACAUCACUCCGGAAUGGAGAAAACAGUACAUUCAGUAUGAGGCUUUCAAAGAGAUGUUGUAUGCUGCUCAGGACCAGGCCCCGUCCAUCGAAGUGACAGAUGAGGACACCGUUAAAAGGUAUUAUGCAAAGUUUGAAGAGAAGUUCUUCCAGACAUGUGAAAAAGAACUGGCCAAGAUUAACACAUUUUACUCAGAAAAGUUGGCAGAGGCUCAGCGUAGAUUUGCCACUCUACAAAAUGAAUUGCAGUCAUCAUUGGAUGCCCAGAGGGAGAUUGCAACAAAUGGGCGGGGUCUGCGAAGGAGGAAAACAGUGUUUACCCUAUCACAACAAGAGAGAUGCAAGCACAGAAAUAUAAAAGACCUUCAGCUGGCCUUCUCCGAGUUCUACCUCAGUCUAAUCCUGUUGCAGAACUACCAGAACCUGAAUUUCACAGGUUUCAGAAAGAUCUUGAAGAAGCAUGAUAAGAUUUUGGAUACAUCGCGAGGUGCUUACUGGAGAGUUACCCACGUUGAAGUGGCUCCGUUCUACACUUGCAAGAAAAUCACACAGGUCAUAUCCGAGACUGAGGCGUUGGUCACGACAGAGUUGGAAGGUGGUGACAGGCAGAAGGCCAUGAAGAGACUGAGGGUACCUCCUUUAGGAGCUGCACAGCCGGCUCCUGCUUGGACCACCUUUCGAGUUGGACUUUACUGUGGAGUUUUUCUUGUCUUAAUGGUCACUGUUAUUAUUACAGGAGCUGUCAUGUUUCCCAUCACUGAUGUUUGGCCAAUGAUCAGGAUCUACAGAGGAGGCUUCCUGUUAAUAGAAUUUCUCUUCCUCUUAGGUAUAAACACCUAUGGAUGGAGGCAAGCAGGAGUCAACCAUGUGCUUAUAUUUGAACUCAAUCCCAGAAAUAACCUAUCCCAUCAACAUCUUUUUGAGAUUGCCGGCCUUUUGGGAGUGUUGUGGUGUGUCAGCCUGCUGUCAUGUCUAUUUAGUGACAGCAUUCCAGUGCCAAUGCAGGCCAAUCCUUUGGCUCUUUAUGGCUUCUUCAUUGUCUUCCUGAUCAACCCAUUCAAGACCUGCUACUACAAGUCACGCUUCUGGCUUCUUAAACUUCUGUUUCGGGUAAUGACUGCACCAUUCCAUCAUGUUGGCUUUGCAGACUUCUGGUUGGCUGACCAGUUAAACUCUUUGGGGGUUGUUCUGUUAGAUAUGGAGUACAUGAUCUGUUUUUACAGUUUUGAACUUGACUGGAAAAAACAUGAUGGACUCAUCAGCAGUGAAGGUAACGAUGUGUGUAAUACCUACUCCUAUGGCGUCCGUGCAGUGAUUCACUGUCUUCCUGCUUGGUUCAGAUUCAUCCAGUGUCUUCGUCGUUACCGGGACACGAAAAGGGCUUUCCCUCACCUGGUUAAUGCUGGGAAAUACUCCACUUCCUUCUUUGUUGUAACUUUUGCUGCUCUCUACAGCACACAUAAAGCUCAAUCCUAUGAUGAUGCCAAGAUCUUCUUCUACUUAUAUGUCACAUGUUUGGUAGUCAGCUCAUGUUAUACACUAAUCUGGGAUCUAAAGAUGGACUGGGGCCUUUUUGACCGCAAUGCUGGAGAAAAUAUGUUUUUGAGGGAGGAGAUAGUCUACCCACAUAAGGCCUAUUACUACAGUGCCAUAGUGGAGGAUGUGCUGUUACGAUUUUCAUGGAUUCUAUCUAUCUCUCUCAGUACAAUCACCAGUGUUUGUGGCAUCUCUGACAUACUGGCAACUGCACUGGCCCCAAUGGAGGUCUUCAGGCGUUUUGUGUGGAACUUCUUCAGACUGGAGAAUGAACAUCUGAAUAACUGUGGUGAGUUCCGAGCUGUCAGAGACAUUAGUGUGGCUCCCCUAAAUGCUGAUGACCAGACCCUGCUGGAGCAAAUGAUGGAUCAAGAGGAUGGAGUCAGGAACCGACAGGGCAAAAAGAGCUGGAAACGGAGCUACAGCAUGAGUCUACGGAGGCCAAGACUUCCCUCACAAUCCAAGACCCGUGACACCAAAGUUUUGAUGGAUGAUACAGACGAUGACUCCUGACAUCAGGCCACGCCCCUUGCCUGGGUCCAGAAUUUAUUCAAAGGGGGAAACGCUUCCUCCUAACCAAGGAAUUACCCAGCAAGUUGGGCGUUGAACUCACCUGAGUUUAAGACUCUCAUGCCUAUGGAAACUUCUCAAUGCACGAGUCUCUGCACAGGCUCAGCGCUAUUUCAAAAGAGAACAAGCAGAAUUGCGAGUACAAGCAAAACUGUCACUGAAUACUUUUACCUGUAAUUUACCUUCAUUUAUACCUUCAAGAAUCUGACCUCACCCUCCCAGUGAGUGGAACUCUAUUAUCUCUGUCCUCAACUAACCCCAGCUGUUUUCAAAUUACAUUCCUCUCCUCCAAUCAUGAACAAUCCAGGUUUUUGAAACCAAACCAGACAUCUCUGACAUGAUGUGUCUGUACUCCACUUGGAUGCACUUCGACCAUUUAGGCAGAGACUGACUUCAAAGCGACUCCUGCAAAAAGCACCUGAGUUGACACCUGUCUCAGGUUCAUACAUGCGUUAGACAUAUACACUCCAUAGAAGAAUGCAUAUUUGAGGAACAUUUUACUUAGUGUUCAUCAUCACAGAUUUAAAAGGAUGGGCUUAAAUGGAAUAUGAUGAACACACACGCUACAAAUAGCACUUAUUUGUAACUGUGGUUAUGAGUAGAAAAUGGACAAAAGUAAACUGAAGAAAAAGGGUUUUGAAAUGUUAAUCAUAGUUCCAUGAACGUCAUCUUCCUCGCUUUCCAAACACCCAAUCAUGUCUGAAAUAAUAUAUACAUAAGCCUAAGUGUGUUAGUAGAAUGUAUGUUACAUACAGGUUAUGUGACUGUAGGCAAAUAAAUUCGGAGAUGCUUGCUAUGAAGUCGAACCUUUUUUACAAUUGUAUGGUUUAACAAAUGAAAUGUGUUACUUUUAAGAAAAAUAUAUGACCUAUUAAGACAGGAUUAUUAGGGCCCAAGCAGUGACCGCUGCAAGGGACCUAUUAUUAUUAUUAUUAUUAUUACAACUAGUACUACUUAAUUUAUAGCACUUUUCAAGGGACCCAAGAACACUUAAUAGUAUAUGUAUCACUCUGUUCAUCUUUUCAUAAUCACCUGCAACUUGGAAACAACGAAAGGCUAGAUGUGGGCAUCUCAUCUUACUUCAUAAAGGGGUAAAUGCCAGCACAAUUUCUCAGAUCAUGUUCAUGUGUUGUCCUUUCCUUAACUUUGUGAGUGGUCAUCUGAGUCACUAGUUAAAUGUUUAUUGUCAUUGUAUAAUAAUAAGAUGGUUUCUGUUGAAGUCAUGUCUUGGUUACUGACAGCUUAUUGAGUGCCAUUUGCCUUAGAUGUAGAGAUGUAACCUCUGGAAGGUGUCAGGUGCCAUAGCUGGUCCCACCCUCACCCAACCCCAAUUCCCCUGUUUCUGCAUUUGUCUGUGAAUGAUGAGCCUUUCCUUCUGGUGACAUAACUCACAAUUAUUCAUUCUUGUGGAAAUGGGUGAACACUUUAGAUUUGGUUCUUUAAAGGCAGAAAGGCAAAUGCAGCGCAUUUAGUUACAUUUCUUUAGAACGAGUACAAUCUAUCCUCCUCUGGACCAAUGAGGGCCCUACAAAAUCCGUUUUUAAUCAUUCCAGAUUUUUGGGCAGUUGUUUUCCGUAGAGCAUUUUUAUUUGACAGUAAAAUUGUUUGUGUGAUUAUAAUUACUAAAAUCCAAUCAAUUCCUAUACAAUCAUUUUAUAGUGACAUGAAUAAUUAAAUACAGAACCACAGUACACAAUUAAGAAAAGGUGAAAAUACAUUAGGAAUUUUCCGUUGACAUCAUUUCAUGUUAGUUACAUUUUUUCAGUAGAAACUGAAAUUGUUCACCAUAGCGCAGCAUAAAUGUAAAUCUACCCUUUUGCAGUAUUAACUUUGUUGUCGGUUGUUUAAUAUCUUCAAAUGUUUAAGAUGACUUUGGGCUAGCAAAUGAUGGCUUCCUAAAAAGAACGAGUAGUUAUGAGCCAUGAAUCUUGUACCUUAUGUUUAUGCACCUUUUAGGAUAGGUAGCUUGGUCAAACGUCAUGUGUCCAAAAAGAUCAGUAUGUGUUGUCUCAACAUUGCAUUGUUUAAAAGAAUAACAGGACAGGAAUUUGAUUCCAGUCACAGAUGUGUAUCUAAUAAGCUAACAGUUAUUAUCGCAGUAUGUUAAACAGAUGAGAAAAUGCAUUUGAUAAAUAAAAGCAUUUUUAUUUCA